AUCAACUUUCGCGUAUACGCACGCUCCUCCGUCCAGAAAAUCUAUUUACCGGAUCUCCGUGCUCUCCUCCACGCUUUCGAACGUCGUUCUCUUCGUUUCCGCGACUCCUUCGACCUCGACGCCUCCGAGCCGCCACUCGAUCGACGCCGGACGUUCGUCGAUACGGUUGCCGAUCGUUCACGCUCGCGCGGCUAGUCUCUCUUUUCUAGUUCCGUGGAAGGAGGAUCGAGGGGAACGUUCGUAAGGGCCGGUUUCUAGCGACGCGACUUCGACUCUGAUCGAAACAAUAAGCAGCAGACGUGUCGUCAGUUUUCUUCGCAAACCCUACGCGAAUUCGGUUGGUGAACAAGUGAAACGACGCGUUCGAAACGUCAACAAAGGAAUCUCACGGUUUUGUGAAUCGGCUUGCGAAAGAAAGGAAAGAAAGAGAAGCCGACCAACGUUUUUUGCUCGCGCCCGGUAGAGAGAGUAUCCAGCUGAUUAUAAACACAAAGAGUUUCCACGCACAAACGAAUAGGCAGACACGCUCGUUCCAUUUUUUAACGCUGUUUUUAUCGUCGAUCGUUAAAAGAAACGAGCUGUAUACAAAGGAAAAUACAGUUGGAUUGCAGCGUGAAGACGUCGGCAGAGAGGAUGUGCAGGAGGUCGGCCUGGUGAAGCUGCCUGGUCGAUGUCUUCCAGGCGACGGUCGCGUCACGGACGGGAUGCGAGACGAGCCACGUGAAUGUUGUACGCCGUUGAACCUUCCUAUUCGCCUGCCGAAUUAUUCUGGACCGGCAUGGAGCCCGUGAAAGCCAAAAUGGCCCCCACCGGGAUGCCCCCAGUCACCGGGGUCUUACAGCCACCCGCGGGCUCGACGCUGUCAGGGACCACAAUGGCGAAUUAUAAGAAAAGCUGGUGGAGAAGAGUGGCCCCCUGCUUGGCGUUCCUUGCCGCGUUUUCCACUGCCAUGGCCUUGCUCCUCGUCUGGAGCGAGGCUGCGGCCUUGAGGAGGCAGGCGUUCGACGCCAAUAUGACCAGAGAUUACGUGUUGAACAGCGUCUCGAUGGACAAUCCGGAAUUGGUCGCGUAUAUCAGAGAGGUUCAAUUGAAACCCACCACGCAACAGGACCCGUCCAACGCCACUCAAACAACGGAGGAGAGGUACGUGGCGGGUCUGACCGAGGGAAAACGCGAGGGUGUGUACGUGGAGUACAUAAGCAGGAUAGGUGCCAUCUCUAGUACGGGCUGGUUGGAACGUAACUUAAGUUGGAGAGGCGUCCUGAUCCUGACAGAUCCUAGAAGCUUCUUCGAGGCGCAUAGAAGCACCAGAAACCCAAAGACCAGAGUUCUUCAUGCUUGCCUCAGCACCGAUAAGGAUACCAAAGAGAUUACUUAUCACCAGGAAUCCGAAGUUCAAGUUACUAAAUUGGGCGAGGGUCCGAACAGUCUUGUGUCGUCGGACGAGGGCUUACCGACCACGAGAUUGAAAUGCUUUCCUUUGUACAGCGUUCUAUUGGCCUAUAGUGCCACCACUUUGGAUUACCUGAGUUUGGAUAGUCCGGAUGCGCAAGACGGCCAGGUCUUGGAUACGAUUCCUUGGGAGACGACCAGGAUAUCCGUGGUGUCUAUCCGUUGGAGUCCUCACCAUAGCGAAACAGAGACGAAAAGCCUGAUCGAUAAGAUGACUAGCAGGCGAUACAAGUUGAUGUACACAACCGACACCGGGAAAUUGAUUUUCUUGUACAACGCGUUGCUUAAGAUUUGAACUUCCUUGACUGUGCUUACUUUCGACACACUAGACGAUUCUACGUUCACAGGUGCAUUCUUGACGAACAGGAGAAUUCAGUUGCGACCAGGAAUAUUUUCUUUUCGUGAUCGAUCAAAAGAUCGUUCGUGGAACAACGUCUGUGAUCUUUGUUCGACGAUGAUACGAAAUCGGAUCAUAGAAAUGAUCUCGAUUCCGAUUAUCGAAAAGAGAACGACACGGACCUCGUUAUCGAACGUAACUUUUAUUUUCCAAAUAGAAAUAUAUUUCUUGCCGCACGCGCAUACGAUCGUAGAAUAAUCUACAAGAUUUCUUUCGUCCGUUUAAAUAUAUCGAUAUAAUUAAAUAAUCGAUCAACGAUCUAUGAAUUAGACUAUGUUUUUUCUUUGUUUAUUAACCGUUUCUUUGCUUUUCUUCACGUCAAUUUAACGGACACGUGAUAAAGACUGAAAAACCUAAUUUUCCGAACUAUCGUUACCCAAAACACGACGCUGAUAGAUCAUAAUCGUCGACACGCGAACCUCCUUCCGGCGUAUGGUUCGAUCGAUCAAUUUUUGGCGCGAAGAAGCUCGCGUAUGCCUUACCAGCUUCUUACACAUGAUUCGAAAUCAAGAACGAAGGUAGAUAAAAUUAAAGAAAGAGAAUCAAGAGAGAAAAUAAAGCGUAUUUAGUUUCAUAUUUUCGUAUUUUUAGUUUUAGCGUUAAGUUCGUUUUAAUGUAACGUUAAGCCAGUAUCGGACAAAGAUGAUACCGGUGCAAUUUUUACGAGUAAUCGUAGAUUUUAUUUUGUCAAAGAGAGAUCGGCAAACUCGUAGACAACUGCAAUAACCCCCACCAAAAACGAUCAUUACCCGUGGUUCAACGAGCGCUAUCACAAUGAUAAUCGAUGAGUUAUUCCGAUUACCUACACCACAGGCCUUAUUAGCACGUAAGUCGAUACUUAGCUAAGCUAUACUAGGAUACGAUAAACUGGUUCUCCUCUGUUCCUCGCCGAUGUGAUAUUAUCGUGCCACUUUACCGAGUCCUUGAUUUCUCAUUGUUUUUUACGACCGGGAUAAAAUACCUUCUUUAUUGAAGUGGCUCGAACUUGCUUGACACCAAUCAUAUUCCAGCUUAAAAUUGCCUUUCGUUAUUGAUUUUCG